AUGCUAGAGUUUCAAUCGUCAGGACAACACUUGGGAUCUGCCAUGCUGGAAGGUCAUAUCGUUGAUAGUGAACAGUAUGCUGGUGAAAGUUUGACAUUACUUGAUGAACCCAUUCGUGACACAAUUCUUAGAUCAGCGCGCGCCGUCGGUCAAAAAUUCGCGUAUGUUCUAGUCCCACGCCAGGGCCAAGGAUUACUGAAGGAAUGGGAUCUCUGGGGCCCAUUGGUUCUCUGCCUGAUUAUGUCUACACUGUUACAUAGUUCAAAUGCAGAAGGUUCUGAACACAGUGGACCAGAAUUCGCCCAAGUUUUCGUCAUAUUUUGGCUUGGUUCAGCGAUUGUGACGUUAAACUCGAAGUUGCUUGGUGGUGCAGUGUCAUUCCUUCAGACUGUAUGCGUUUUGGGCUAUUGUAUUCUACCACUUGUAAUUGGUUUAGUUAUCUGUCGAGUACUUUCACUCACAAGUUCAAAUUCAUUACUUGUUUUCAUUAUAAGACUAUUGAUUGUCAUUUCUGGCCUAAUUUACUCUUCAUAUGCAUCAUUUAUAUUUGUUCAUCCAACAUUACCAAAGAAUCGUGUUGCUCUUUCUGUCUAUCCAAUUGUAUUAUUUUAUGUUUUUCUUUCAUGGUUGGUGAUAUCAGUGCCUAAUAAUUAA